GCGUAUGUCCUGGGAAUUCUUUGGCUUAUGCAGAACUAGGCAAAAUGGCAACGGAGGAUGAGACGGAUAACGGUAAGAGCGAAGGGGAACUGGGCUUAGGAGGCAGUGCCGUGCAGAGCGAAGAAGGGCAGAAAGAUAGAGAAUCGAUAAAUAAGGACGGUACCAAAGGGAACCGGAAGGAAAUCUUCUCAGGGGAAAGCUCGGGGAAAGCCAGGGAAAGCAGGCAAAAGACUCAGGAAAACAAGGAGGGCAGAAAUAAGGAUAGGGCAAGCUCCCGAAAUUCAGAGGGAGCCAUGUCUAAGAAACUGCGGGGCCGCGGGCCGCAGGUCAACUUUAUUUUGAAAAACGACGGACGUGAUAGGGUGAACGCAACCACUCGGCUAGGGACGGCUGGGAGAAGGAUUAUCUGUGACACCGUUACGGAGGAGGUUGCCGGGAGCUUCGAAUCCCAGGCAGAGCCUGAGGCCGAGGAACCAGAGAAAGUUUAUGGGAAGCCUAGGGAAGAGGAGCCUGCGGACAAGGUUACCACCGCUAAGAAGAAGUUUCGGUAUCAAAUCCCGAUCUUAACCUCGCCUGAGAUCGACAACACCCUUAGCAAGUUACUAGGAACCAUGGUGUCGGUGUCAUUUCAGACCAUUCUGCAAGCUAGCCCUAGGUUACUCAAAGGGCUUAGACAACUGUUGACUCGGCGGCGAGUAGAAAUAGGCGACGACCCCGAAUUACCAGAAGAGGAAAGGGAGGAGGAAGCUCUGCAAGAAGUGGCUAACCUUCAAAGGAAUCGAGGGGACUUGGAGAGUCUCGUGAAAGCCUUUGCAGACAUCCGUUUGAGCUUGCCCGACCGAGAGGGCGGCGAGGUCAUGAGGGCACCACCCGGGACAAAGCUUAGCUUUCAUGCACUGCCCGUAGGAAAGCUAAAAAUCCAGAUCGGGACUCAUCAUACCGACGCUUUAGUAGACGGGGGAGCAGAAAUCACUCUCAUAAGAAGAGAUUUCGCAACGAUCACGGGUUGUACGGCGAACAAGGAAGUAACAGGGAGCAUCCGGGGAGCUCGCGGGCAAAUCCCGUUCGCUGGAGGCGACGAUGGCAGUUCCGACCGUUCAUUUUUGAGGAGAAAGAUCCCGGAAGGAAGUGUUCGAAAGUACAAGCCGGUAGGGAAGAAAGCAAAACCGGUCUCGAUCCUACUAGAGAUAUCAAAGGAAGAGGCUAUGGAGAAGGAGGAGGAGGUCCUUCGAGUGAUCCGAGAGAGUAGAGCGACGGAAGGACAUUGGAUACCAGAUGAGGUGGCUGACACAAUGAAGAUAGGGGUAGAAGGUUUCCUAACGGAAGAGGAAACCCGCCUGAUCAAAAGGAUUUGCCAGGAGUUUCACCUGGCAUUUGCCUUUAGUGAUCACCAAAAGGGACGACUGGAUGCGAAGUGGAUCCCUCCUGUCAGAAUCCACACGGUAGAACAUGAGUGCCGGAAUGACAAGGGCCCGUCCUAUGAAUUUGGGAUAGCAGGGGAAGUGACAGACCUCCUUCGAGAAAAGAUGGAUUCCUUCGUUGCAGAGCCUACGGCGUCACCGUACGCAAACCGGUGGUUCGUCUUUCGAAAGCCUAACAAGACACUAAGGUGGAUUCAGGAUCUACAGAAGUUGAAUGCGGUAACCAUCCUAGAUGCUGGCUCGCUACCUCAGGCUGACCUAUUAGCAGAAUCGCACGCCGGUCGGAGCAUUCACUCCCUGAUAGAACUGUACUCAAGGUUCGACCAGCUUCUAUUGGAUGUUCGGGACAGGUCGUACACCGCUAUGCACACCCCCGUAGGCCAGUUACAGAUGCAAGUGACCCCUAUGGGAUUCACAAACGCGGUGGCCGAAGCGCAACGCAGAAUGCUCGCCGUGGCCGGGGACAUGUUCCCACAGAAGUGUGAGCCUUACAUCGAUGACAAUCCGAUCAAAGGCGCACAGAAGAAGGACGAGACGGAAGUCCAGCCAGGAAUUCGAAGUUUUGUGUGGGACCACCUGCAGGACAUCAAGGACUUACUCCGCCGGUUCAUAGUAUACAACAUUACGGCUAGUGGACCAAAGAGUAUCAUAGCAGUACCGGAGGUAACUAUACUAGGAUUUCGCUGCGGUGCUUACGGCACGAAGCCAGAUCCGGCAAAGACCGACAAGAUAUCACAAUGGCCGAUGCCACUGCGCACGACAACGGAGUUCAAGAAGGAGGUCCUAGCCAUCUUGCAUCGUCUUAAGACUUUUCAAGCCUACCUAUUUGGGAGACGGUUCUUCCUUAGGAUCGAUCCGACGAAUGUUGCAGGGGCCUUAAAGAAUUACAGGCCUAUAGAUCCGACGGUGGGGAGAUGGGUAGGAUUUAUCUGGCAGUUCGAUUACAAAAUCGAACGGAUUGCGGGAAUUAGGAACAAGGCUGAUGGGCUGAGCCGGGUGUGCAUCACUCCCGAAGGGGUGGAGGGUGCGGAGCCCAUAGACGCAUUCCUCAAAUACGAAGGAGGAACUCUUGCGGUGGAUAACGAAAUGAUGAGCGAAGAAUGCGCAUCAGGAGAACUAUUGAUCCAAACUUUGGAGAAGGGGGCACCUGUUGUAGUAGCAGAAUUUAGAGAAGGACUAAUCACCACUCGAGGACGCAGGGAGGAGAAGGACUCAUGGGGAGCGAUAGUAGGACCGAAAGAGGAACUAAUAGCAAUGACGGUUGAGGGAGACCGGGAAGCCGUGAUGAGCUUAGUGGAAUCUUGGGAGAGGAAAAAGUUGCAAUGGGUGGUAAACCAGAUGCAGGAAGGAAAGGAUGGGGGUCAGGAAGGGGAUAAGUUUUUCUAUGCUCAGUUAUACGAAGGGCUCUUUCGGGAGAUCGGGUUCUUGUCGGUAGGAAACAAACAACCUACGGAAGUCGGUGUUAAAGCAAGAGAGGAGGCAGAAAGGACUUAGAAGAAAAAACGAGAAAAAGCAAAAAUGGAAUUCGGCAACGAGAACGACAGCGGGGCAAUCAACAGGCCUACCGAAG